UGGUCGGCUAGGACAGUAAAUAUAGGUACUGGGAUAUGCUGUCCCUCUAUGACUGGUUCUGAUCCUAGUCGUACUGCUCUGCAUACGUCGACAAAGAAUACGAACAUAAAUGGACUUAUACACAUUAAGCUGACAAGGUUUAGUAGUGUAAGCUGAUUUGGUGUAUAUUUACAUAUCGAACGUCCAGUAACUGGAUGAUUAAAAUAGACUUGGACAACAAAACCCACACAUUUAUCACACAUACACUCAAACACACUCGCCGUCCUAGAUAUUCGCCUGUCCACAUAAGUCGAUCGUUUGGCGUACAGAGUACACGCUCGGAUCUACCCGUGAUCGAUAGAGCAGUACCCGUGACGUGACGACAUGGAGGUACUGGGAUUUACCAUUCCUCUAUGGCUGGUGCUGAUCAUAGCCGUUUUGGCUCUGUAUACAUAUAUGAUGAGUCGUCACCAUGGAACCUUUAAGAAGCUCAACAUUCCAGGACCUGCUCCUUUGCCAAUCCUUGGUAGUCUCCGGGAGAUAAAUAAGAAGGGAUUCCAGGAAUUUCAAAAAGAAUGCAUGAAGAAAUAUGGAAAGGUUUGGGGAUUUUACGGAGGUCUUUCGCCACAGACACUCGUCAUCGGAGACAAGGAAAUACUGAGACAAAUUCUUGUGAAAGAUUUUUCAAACUUCCCCGAUCGAAUAGUAUUUAAAGGUUUCAACGGUGACUUGGAAACGUCUCUCAAUCAUCUAACUGGUGACGACUGGAAACACGUCCGUAAUAAGAUCACUCCCGUGUUUUCCUCUGGGAAACUACGUAAGAUGUUCCAGAUGGUUGAUCACGCCAGUGACACACUGGUGGAGUCUCUAAGGAGGAAGGUCAAGAACGGAGAUACAGUGAUGGAUAUGAUGGAUGUAUACGGAGGAUUUACUAUGGACGUAAUAUGUUCCACAGCUUUUGGCAUUCAAGUGGAUUCACAAAUGAAUCCGAACGACGAAUUCGUUGUCAACGCAAAGAAGUUUAUGAAUUUGAAUUUUUCAUCCCCAAUCAUCUUGAUUUUGUUGUUCCUGCCUAAACUUGGCUUUUUGAUGCCUCUCCUGGGAUGGUCGUUUGCGGAUAAAGAAGUACAAGCGUUUUUCCGCAAAGUAACGAUAAAACUUCUUAAUGAACGAGUCGCAGGGAAUAAGGAAAAUGCAGAUUUUCUUCAGUUGAUGAAAAAUGUACAGGAGAAUAAGGAAGAUCCGAUCGAGGACGAUGAUAAAGACGACACUGAAACACCACGAAGAAAUAAUCUACCAUCAUCCUGGUCGAGGAAAAGUAUCACAUUCGAUGAAAUUCUUGGAAACGCAGAAAUAUUUUUCUUCGGAGGUUACGAGACUACUACAAUAGCCUUAUCAAUGGCAUCCUAUUAUCUGGCUGUGCACCCGGAAUACCAGGACAAACUACGGCAGGAAAUCUCCGACAAGAUCGGCUCGAGUCCUUUGACAUACGAAAACAUUCGUGAAGUUGACUACCUGGAAAUGGUCAUCAACGAGACACUUCGAAUCAACCCUCCUUUUACAUUCACGGAUAGGGUCUGUCUGAAGGAUACUGUAGUCAAUGGCGUCAAGAUUCCAGCAGGCAUGAACAUUUCUAUUCCGAUAUACUGUAUCCAUCACGAUCCGGACAACUGGGAAGAUCCGGAAAAGUUUAUACCAGAAAGAUUUGCGGACAAGGACAAACAUGACCCGUUGACCUUUCUUCCGUUCGGCUAUGGACCUAGAACUUGUAUUGGAAUGAGACUUGCCCAGAUGGAAAUGAAAAUGUCACUUGCAAAAGUCAUCCGUAACUUCCGGUUUUCUGUUUGUAGUGAAACAAAGGUUCCUCCUGAAUUCCGGAAGAUUGGGAUUCUAAAGCCAAAAUCCUGUAAUCUAAGACUGGAGGAAAUAGGAUCGUAGUUUAACAGCGUAACUUGGAGAAGUUUGACCAAACUGUAAAGAAUUAAAAGAAUCUGGAAAAACAAAAUACAACAAGCGUUACAACAGUUAAUAAGGAGUACAUCUCAGGCGUGUUUUAUUCUGAUACCUCACAUUAAAAUGCAUAAUAUCGUAAAAACAUUAUGUUCAAUAAAUAUGUUUCAAACUUCUUAAUGAUGUAAUACAAGUACUUUUAAUUCUAUGCAUGUCUUUUCAUUUAAUGUCAUCAAAAAUAAAAUACAACAACCUCAAUAAAAUUUAUAUGAA